AUGGGUUAUGUUGGAAUCAAAAUGGACAUGAGUAAAGCCUUUGACAGGGUAAACUGGGACUUCCUUCUAAUGGUUAUCUCAAAACUUGGUUUCUCUAAUCACAUUGUCAGUUUGGUUCGCGAAAUGAUCUCUUCAGUAUCUUAUACACUCCUUCUUGAGGGUAGAGCUAUCGGAUCUGUUAGUCCAGGGAGAGGGUUAAGACAAGGGAGGGUUCUAUUCAUGGUAUUGCAAUUGCUAGAGGUGCCCCGUCAAUUUCAAAUCUGUUUCUUCGCUGAUGACUGCUAUAUAUUCUGCCAAGCUACCGCUCAUGAAGCAAUCACACUUAAAAACUCCAUCGAAUCCUUUACUUCUGCCUCGGGUCAAACAAUCAAUCUCACCAAAUCUACCCUCACCUUUAGCAAAAAUACUGAUGUGAAUUCAAGACAUGCAUUCUGCAACAUCAUGGGUAUGAGGGAGGGGAAUCUUAAUGGGAACUACCUUGGCUUACCAUCACUAAUUGGGAGAAAUAAACGUGAAAUUCUGUGA